UCCUCUUACGCCUGUCGGGAGCAUAAGAAGCACCCCUGGCUUCUGAACACAGCACUGAGAGGGUCCUUUCACAACAGCCAGUCCAACUCUCCCAUUUUGCAGAUAGGGAAACUGAGGCCAAGAGGGGGAUGACUGGCUCAAGGCAGCCGGAACAUGAAGGAGGACCGGCUCCAGAGUUGGGUUGUUGUCGCAAGACCAAGCCCGCGGGGAGCACAGGAGGCUCCCUGUCCCCCGAUGUGGACUUCCUGCUGUGCCAAGGUGACCAGGUCUUCCCAGCCUACAGACCACUUCCAGACACAGCGGAUGCCCACGGCCUGUCCUGUGCCAGCUGGCUAUGUCCCUUGCCUCUGGCACCGGCUGGGUCUGCCCUGCUGGCCUGUCCCCAGGGCUUGGACCUGUACCUGUGUGCCCUGCAGUCGGCACCCUCGGGCACAGCCCUGAGGGGUCUCAGAGAGGAUGCCUUGAGCCCAAGGCACCAGCCACUAAGGCCAUCUGCCAGCUCCUCCAAUGAUGAGAAACUCCGAGCCAAGGACCUUCUGAAUAAGGACAAGAUGGGAAGCCAGUUGGAAAAAGCUGGCGAGGGGACCCCCUGCCCAUCCUUCUCUUCUCACAACAGUUCUUCCCUAAACCCCUGGCAGAAUAAAAAGAACCCCAGCCCUCUGGCUUUCUGCUCCUGCCCACCGCCCACUCCCAUCUCCAAAGAGCUCCCAUCCCACCUCCGCCCGUUCUACCCUGCCUACCCGAUUCUCCUGCCCCCACCUUACCUGGUCACUUGUGGGGGACUACCUUCUGUGCAGUGUCCCCCUCUCUUCAUGCUGCCCCAAGACACCACCUAUGCCACCAUGGCUGUGCCCAACUUGCUGAUGAAUGUCAAUGAGCCCAGACAGCUCAGCACCCAGGGGGAGACCCUGCCCCCCUACGCAGGGACCUCUCAAGCCUCUGGCCAAACCCAACCCUCCCCGUCCCGGAAUCUAGGCCCUGCAGCCUCCAGGACCUACUCCACAGGGCUGGAGCGUGCUAGCAGGGCGGUUCCAGCAAAGCGGGCCCCGCCGGGCUCCCAGGCCAGCUCUGCCGCACUGCCUUACCCACUGAAGAAAGAGAACGGCAAGAUCCUAUAUGAGUGUAACGUGUGCAGCAAGAGCUUCGGGCAGCUCUCCAACCUCAAGGUCCAUCUGCGUGUGCACAGCGGGGAGCGCCCGUUCCAGUGUGCCCUGUGCCAGAAGAGCUUCACCCAGUUCGCCCACCUGCAGAAGCACCACCUGGUGCAUACGGGGGAGCGGCCUCACGAGUGCCGGAUGUGCCACAAGCGCUUCAGCAGCUCCAGCAACCUCAAGACCCACUUGCGCCUGCACUCCGGGGCCCGGCCCUUCCAGUGCAAUGUCUGCCCAAGUCGCUUCACGCAGCACAUUCACCUGAAGCUGCACCAUCGGCUGCACGCCCCACAACCCUGCGGCCUCUCUCACACCCACCUGCCCCUGGCAUCUCUCGCUUGCCUUGCCCGAUGGCACCAGGGGGCGCUAGAUCUUGCGGCAGCACCAUCAGAGAGGCAGAUGGGCUGGGACGUGAACAAGGACAAGGUGUCCUUGGCAUCGGGGAAAGCAAGGGCAGCCAGCCUGAGCAGUGGUGCCAGGACUGCCCUGGGGAGGGGGCAGGGGCUGAGCAAUUAAAGGAUAUUGCUCUGAUGAGCUGAGGCCUCCUGAGCUUCCACAGUGGGGGGAAAGGUCACCGUCUAUUUGCCAGACUUCACACUGCACCUGGGAGCAGGUCAGGGGACACAGGCAGGAAGAGACUGUGCUGCACACCACGUGGGGUGGGUGCCUGCAGCCAUCUACCUCUGGCUGGGUUUGGGUUCCUCUCUCUGUUUGGAACUAUCUAGGACCAGGUCCUCCUCCUCAGCUCACCGAUGCAGGCUGUGCUGCCGAGCACGGGACUCAUUGCCCUCUUUUCUGAAUAGAUGCUCCAGCACCCGCCCAGAUGCAGAUGGAUCACCUUUGGGUCUCACAGUUCCUAGAGGCCACUGUGCCCACUCAGCUGGUACUCCCAGCCAGGGUCAGGUGGCACAUGCUCAUUCCUCUGUACCUGCAAGGGUCUGAGCCCCCUUUGGGAGGGGCAGGGACACAAGGAUGUCAGUCUUAUGAGCCAGAGGCAUGAUGUCUCCCUGUGUGUCAGGACCUGUCAUCAUUAGAGGACCAAGGGCUAAAGGGGUACCAUGCUUAGGGAAGGGGUAGAAGUUCUACAAGGACUACAGGCAGGAAAGAACUGGCAGAGCCUGGGGAACUGGGACCCUCCUGAUGAUCUUUCUCUCUGCAGUCCCAGAUGAUCCCCUCAGAUGUGCAAGGUGUGCCACACACACACCGCUCGAGAGUUAGAGAGCAUCAGGUGGGAAAGGGUACUGCCCAGGGCGGCCGGAGGUCCAGGCUCUAACCACAACCUUAGCUGUUAUUAAAUAAUAGCUGGCCAACUUCCAGCAGGGGGCGCCGUUCACACCCCUGUGGAUUUCAGAUUGACUUUCCCACCAGGGUACGGGGCGAGAUUCCCGCUGUGUCGUAGGGUCUCAGUGACGCAGAGAGAGCGCACUCAUAAUAGGGGUCCAACAUGCAAGGCAAGGGCAGGGUCGGCUUCGGGCCUCCCCAGUUAUCAAGGUCCAGGCUCCAAACCCACUCAGUCACCCUUUUGGCCCCGCCCAACAUGCCCACCACUCGGGCUAGGCCCCCGCCUCUAGGAGAUUAUGCUCAGUCCCGCCCCUGGCCUCGCCCUCCUUCCCCAGGGAUGGGGGUUGGGAAAAAGGCCCUUUGCUCCAUCCAGCCUUCAGGCUCCCACUAGCCCCAGGCUUCUCUUUUCCGACCCACCUCGUGCAGGCCCACUUGGGGGCUGCCAGCAACCCUGUGGGCCCCUGGCGCCUCUGGAGGCCUAAAGAAGUAUCAUGGACAGAGCCAAGAGCAGGACCACAGAGAGCGGGACAGGGGGGCAGGGGGAUGCGUGGGGGGGGGGGAACGGGGAUGGGGAAGGAUGAUCCCUGCAGAGCGCACCCCCUGCCCUGGGCGUGGGCAGCAUCUGGACCGGUUCCCCGUCUCUGGUAUGGACGACGGGCGGGGCACUGUUUGCUCGAGGGGGGGCGGGCCAGAGGAGGCGUUUCUCUGCAAAUGAGCGGGAUCCGGGUAUCCCCCGCGGUUGCAGAGCGGUCAGGUGCCCUGACUCCCUUGCCUUUUCCCUGGACUUCGCCUUUGCCAUGGCAGAGCGGCGCUGGGGCCUGGGGGCCCGCCUGGCUCGCCGACUGCCUGUGCUAGGCGUCCGGAGGGAUCGCAAGGGGAAGAGGACCCCGGAGAAGGCCACAUCCCAGGAUAGGUGAGAGGUUUGGAGGAGGGCCGCGCGGGGCGCCCCUGGGCCCAUAGGUGUGGGUGUGUGUCUUAGAGUGUAGUGGAGGUUCAAAUUAAGUGUGUCUGAGUGUCUGGGAGCAUAGAAUAUACCUGUCAGUGUGCCACGAUUUUGGAUGUGUGGACUUUAUAAAGUUGCUGUGUUUUUUUUAAACUUAAAAAAAAAAAAGGUUUGCAAUUUCAGAGUCUGGCAGAGAUAGUUGAAAGGCAAAUAUGGUAGCUCCUCCUGCCCCUGUGGACUUUGAUUCUCACUUCGCAGGCCGGUUUAGCUCUGCUCUUCAUGUCCCUUUGUCUCAUGAGUAUGACAGAUUCCUGCAUUGGCUUAAACUGCCCUGCAAUGCUUAAACCCUUAGAUGCCAUGAAGACCUUUUUCCCUGUCAUCCCAGAUUGUAACAGCAAUAAACUUUUAUUUGCCACUUGC